GAAAAGCACGGUCGGCCUCAUCGCCACCCUAACCGCAAAACGUGGCCGCUCUCUCUUUGUUGCGAUUAGGAAUGCUUUCACUUGUCGGCCAUUCUUCUCCUUCUUCUUCCACAGAAGCUGAAACCCUAAAGAAACCCAAACCACCAUUUGAAGAACCCACCAGACCUAAUCACGUUUUCUCUCAUAUCCCUCCAACCCGAACAACCCUUCUCCUCUUUCUCAUCCUCCUCCAAUUCCUCCUCAUCCUAUACAUAAUCCAUUCUCCUCAAACCAACCAUUCUCCUCCAAUCCCAUCGCCAAUCCACGUCGCCGCCGAUUCAGACUGCCACGCCCGUCGGAUCUACGUCUACGACCUCCCCACCAUAUUCAAUCACGUCUUCAAAGAAAGAUGCGACGAAUUAGAUCCCUGGACAAACAAGUGCGAUGCGUUUCUAAACGACGGAUUAGGUGCAUCCGCCGCCGACGAUGUUGCCGGGAUCGUCCCGGAAGAGGUUCUUCCGGCAUGGUACUGGACAGAUCAUUACUGGGGAGAAGUUAUUUUCCAUAAUCGGAUGUUGAAUUACAAAUGUAGAACCAUGGAACCCGAAUCCGCUACAGCGUUCUACAUCCCCUUUUACGUUGGAUUAUCAGUUGGAAAACUAUUGUGGGGGAAUUACAGCGCUAAAGAACGCGAUUGGAGUAGUUUAAUGAUGAUGAAUUGGGUUCAAGAUCAGAAAUGGUGGAAGAGAUCUAAUGGUUCAGAUCAUAUCAUAAUGUUAGGAAGACUAACCUGGGAUUUCCGUCGUUUAAUCAAUUCCGACAAUGAUUGGGGAACAAGUCUUCUUCAUAUGCCAGCAAUGAGAAAUAUAAUACGUAUCUGCGUUGAAAGAAAUCCAUGGGAUCAUCUAGAAAUCGCUGUACCUUACCCCACCGUAUUCCAUCCCCGAACCGCCGCAGAUACAUUAUCUUGGCAGAAUUUUAUCCGAAAUCGGAAUCGGACAAGCUUAUUCACCUUCGUCGGCGGCGCUCGUCGUACAAUUCAAAACGAUUUCCGAGGAUUAUUACUAAAUCAAUGUUUAAACGACUCCGGCGGAACUUGCCACCACGUGGAUUGCGCUCGUUCGGGAUGCGUUAACGGAACGACGAAGAUCAUGGAAGCGUUUCUAUCAUCGGAUUUCUGUUUACAACCGAGAGGAGAUGGGUAUACGCGGCGAUCGGUUUUCGAUUGUAUGUUGUCUGGUUCGAUUCCGGUUUUUUUCUGGACUAGGACUGCUUAUGAACAGUAUGAGUGGUUUAUGCCAUCGGAUCCGAGUAGUUAUUCGGUGUUUAUUGAUCGGCGAGAGGUUAGGAAUGGAACUUCGAUAAGGAAGGUUCUGGAAAGUUACAGUAGAGGGAGAAUUAAGAGGAUGAGAGAGAAAGUGAUGGAAAAUAUUCCGAAUUUUGUGUAUGCGAAUCCCGGCCGCCAUGGAUUGGGUACGGCGGCGGCGACGGUGAGGGAUGCUUUUGAUAUAACUGUUGAUGGAAUUAUGAAUAAGUAUAAGGAUCAUAUGCAGAGAGGAGGCAGAGGAAGAAGAAGAAGACGGUUACAAAACGAAGGCUAACCCUAAUUUUCAUUUAUUUGUAUAAUAUUAAUAUUAUUAUUCACUUAUAUGUGAUUAAUUUAGUUAAAUAUAUAUAGAUAGAAUAAUGCAUAGGUUGUAAUAAAAUUACUACUCUCUUUUUAUUAUUA